AUGUCAACCCAAGUGCAAUCAUUGCCGCUGACGACCAGCAGUGCGAACGGUGCAGCAACCACUUACGUAGUUCCAACGUCGGCCAAUUCGUUGAUCGACGAUCAAUCAGACACUCGUUCCUCGGAAUGCCUGAACUAUAUGCAGACAAACGAAAACGGCACAGUUGGGGGGGAGAAUCAAACCAAUCUGAUUGUGAACUAUUUGCCACAAACCAUGUCUCAAGAGGAAAUGCGAGUGCUGUUUGCGAAAAUCGGCAAACUGGCCAGCUGUAAACUGAUUCGAGAUCGCACAACAGGACAAAGUCUGGGUUACGGAUUUGUGAACUACGUCAAGGCUGAAGAUGCAGAACGUGCAAUUAAGUUGCUCAACAGAACGCGUGUACAGAAUAAAACAAUCAAGGUGUCUUUGGCCCGACCGAGCUGUGAAUCAAUCAAGGGAGCCAAUUUGUACAUAUGCGGUCUGCCAAAGACAAUGACAGAAAAUGAAUUGGAAAAGCUUUUCGAACAAUGCGGUAAAAUAAUCACAUCAAGGAUUCUGUGCGAUAGCACUACAAAUCAAUCCAAAGGAGUGGGUUUUAUUCGGUUUGAUCAGAGACAUGAAGCUGAAUUGGCCAUUCAACAGUUCAACGGCUACCGAAUACGUGGUUCCGCGGACACACCACUCAUUGUGAAAUUUGCCAAUUUGCCCACUUCCGUCAAGAAUUCGACUACAACCGGCUCCGUUUUGUCCUCUGCCACUAAUGUGGGCGCCCCGGCGCUGACCACAGGACUACAUGCCCAUUUAUUGACUGAUCCGCUAUCAGCUUCUUUGCCACUGUUUCCAAAUCUACUCGAGUUAGGUCGCAUAGGCAUUCCUCAACAAAGUGCUGUGCAUUCCAAUUUAUCUUCUGUCCCCUGUGCAUCAAACAACGUGGACCUUUUGGCCAUGGUUACUGCAGUACAACAAGCGAGAAACUUAGCCUCGCUGGCACCAAGUUCCGUUAAGUCGCUGAGGAAAACCGGUGGUCCCGUGCAUGCAUCAGCAACACAUCGACUGCGGUUUAACCCGCUAGAUGGUUGCGCUGUCCCCGUUCAUUACAAUCCCUUGGAGUCAUCAUCUCAGUUGGGAUCCGUACAAAGUUUGACAUCGUCACCCGCGGCUGCAGCUGGAUUAAAGUUAAUCUCGAAGUACUCCGACACAGAUAAUUCACCCAACAUUUCAAUGGCUGCCGCAUUGGCGUCCAUCAGUGCUCGAAAUCAGCUCAUCUCCCCGAUGAAUGGUCUCAAUCAACGAAUAACCUCAAAUGGAAGUGUUGUCUCCAUCCAGCUAAUCAAACCGAAUCGGAUAGGAUCGGAUGGUCGAACAGGAUUGGACAGUGCACGUCCCGUUACUGCUUUGGUAACCAUGUCCGAUACAGACCAGGCCAAAAUGGCCGUGCAUUAUUUGAAUGGGUAA